AUGGGGAGUGUGACGGUCGUGGCGGCGCAUGGGGUGUCGUCGUCCCCUCGUGACGAUGCGUCAGUGCUCGAAAAGCAGACACGAACAAGGAAGCUAUUCACACUGCCCCAGCUCUACGCCUUCUCGCUUAUGUACCUUGUGACCUGGAUUGCCAUGGGAAGUUCCAUGUACUAUGGCCUACUGAACGGUGGUCCAGUCGCAUUCCUCUUCAACUACCUGAUUGUAGUUAUCGGCGCCCUUACUCAGGCAGCUUGCCUUGCCGAACUUGCAUCAAUCCUGCCCAUUGCUGGUGCGCAGUAUUACUGGACAUACUACUUGGCGACUCCGAACACGAAGAUGUUUGUGACAUGGAUGCAGGGCUGGGCAACCUGGCUUGGCUAUGUCUUCUUCCUCGCAACGUGCCUGAACUCGAACACUGUCCUUCUCCAUGGCGUAAUCCAGAUCAACAACCCGGAGUAUGAGGCUACUGGGUGGCGCACAUGUCUCAUCAUCAUCGCGACACUCGGCCUCUACACUGCCAUCAACUUGUGGGGGUUCCGUAGUGUGCCUUGGAUCGAGCUGGUUGCGGGCAUCCUCAACAUUUGCUUCUUCAUCAUCACGGUCGCUGCGCUCUGGAUGCUGUCGCCGCGGAACGGCCCAGAGUUCUUUCUCACAAUGAGCUCCGCGUCUGGAUACGAGAACAGCUUCGUCAGCUGGAACGUCGGCAUGCUGACACACCUCUGGACAUUCAUUAGCUUUGAAGGUAUCAUCCACAUGGGUGAAGAGACAAAGGAUGCGAAGCGUGUUGUGCCCAAGGCAAUGGUUUGGGCUAUUGCCACAAACGGAGUUACUGGUCUCAUCGCGGUAGUGACAUUCUUGGCAUGUAUGCCUCCUGUUGAGGACAUGCUUUCAUCGUCCAGCCCAUUUAUCUACCUCAUCGUAACCUCUACAGGCUCAGUAACGGUUGCCACCGUUAUCGGUACUGGCGUCUCCAUUGCACUGAUGUGCGCUGGCAUGACGGUCUACUCAUCCGCGUCGCGACUGACCUGGGCGUGGGCUAGAGAUGGCGGGUUGCCGAGCUACUUUGGCCAUGUCGACGCCAAGACCCGCGUUCCUCUACGGGCUGUCCUCCUUACCUGCGCCAUUGUCGUCGUGCUCAAUUUUCUCAACCUGGGCACGGAGACAUACGUCGCUCUCGGUGCCAUCACCUCGCUCGCCACGCUGGCAAUCUAUUUCAGCUACGCCAUCAUUCUGAGCAUUGUUCUGUAUGCCCGCCUGACUACUGGAUUCCAGGUCGGGCAGUGGAACCUCGGUCGCUGGGGGCUACCUCUCAAUGUAUACUCCCUCGUGCACACUCUGUACACCAUGAUUUGGCUGCCUUUCCCCACAACUGUCCCUGUCACAGCCACCACCAUGAACUACUCAGGUCCCGUCUUCGGUGCUGUGAUGAUCGGCGCGAUCGGGAUGUGGUACGCAUGGGGCAAGAAGCACUGGCCUGGGCCGAAUCAAAAGGUUGUCGAGAUUGUCUUACGUUUGGCUGGGGAAUAGGCGACUACCAGCAUGUAGAUUUCACUCUGACAGCGAGUAUAGAUCUGAGCACAAGGUCUUCCAGUGUGGGAAGUGAGAGAAGACUCAUGCCCUGCUGUCGAAAUAACUCAUUGAUGGACGAGUGCUGUGUGACAGUCGUUCUGUUUUGCGCCUCCCGCUAUGUUGACC